UUGGCGGCUGAGGCGGCGGCAGCAACAUGGGGCACCAGCAGCUCUACUGGAGCCACCCCAGGAAGUUCGGGCAGGGAUCGCGCUCCUGCCGCGUGUGCUCCAACCGGCACGGCCUCAUCCGCAAGUACGGGCUGAACAUGUGCCGGCAGUGCUUCCGGCAGUACGCGAAGGACAUCGGCUUCAUCAAGCUGGACUGAGUGCCGGGAGGAUGAGCCCGGUGCUGGGGGCUCCUGCUGCGCUGCGUCAAGGAACCCGCAGCCUCGUGGCACCGUGAUGCACAAUAAAUGGUUU